AUGAACGGCCCUCCUGGUUACCCUGGCAACCCAGGCAUGAAGGGACAACCAGGCCCCACCGGAGUGCGGGGUCCUGAAGGUCCCCAGGGACAGAGAGGAGAGACCGGACACCAGGGCCGAGCUGGACCCACGGGACUCACGGGCCCCGCAGGCGGAGAUGGAGGCCCCGGACCCAAAGGACCAGUGGGGAACAUCGGACCACAAGGAGGCGCUGGUCACCCCGGACCCAACGGACCCCCGGGCCCCCAGGGCGGCACCGGCCAGCCCGGCAUCAAGGGCCAGCUGGGAGAAGUGGGAAUCCCAGGAUUCAAAGGAGAAGCAGGACCAAAGGGAGAACCGGGACCUCCCGGCUCUCAGGGCGUGCUCGGACCUCAGGGGGAGGAGGGCAAACGAGGCCCCAGAGGAGACUCCGGAUCCAUCGGACCCCCAGGACCAGUGGGGGAGAGGGGAGCCCCCGGCAACAGAGGAUUCCCAGGAGCAGACGGACUUCCAGGACCUAAGGGAGCACUGGGGGACCGGGGCGUGUCUGGUCCAGGGGGUCCCAAAGGAGCCCCAGGAGACCUGGGCCGAGGCGGAGAGCCAGGACUUCCAGGAGCCAGGGGUCUGACCGGGACGCCCGGAGUCCAAGGAGCCGAGGGCAAGCCGGGUCCACUGGGAGCUGCAGGUGAAGAUGGUCGUCCUGGUCCUUCUGGAUCCAUUGGAAACAGAGGUCCUGCCGGGACCAUGGGGGCUCCAGGUCCCAAAGGAUUCGCUGGCGACCCAGGAAAGACCGGGGAGCAGGGAUCAGCUGGAGUGCCCGGUCAGAGGGGUCCUCUGGGUAAAGACGGAGAAGUAGGACCCGCCGGACCCCCAGGACCUGCAGGAGGAGCAGGAGACCGAGGAGAGCAGGGGCCUCCAGGAGUCACUGGGUUCCAGGGUUUACCCGGAAACCAAGGCCCUCCUGGAGAGUCUGGUAAACCUGGAGAUCUGGGCAUUCCAGGAGAGCUGGGUCCAGUGGGGCAGGUCGGACCCCGGGGAGAGCGUGGGAUCCCAGGGGAGAGAGGAGAGCUGGGAUCCACUGGACUGCAGGGAUCUAAGGGCAUUCCCGGAGCACCAGGACCAGACGGACCCAAGGGCAGUCCCGGACCCCCAGGCACAGUGGGAGAUGCUGGUCCUCCAGGUCUACAGGGGAUGCCAGGAGAGAGGGGCAUCUCUGGACCUCCAGGACCCAAGGGAGACCGGGGAGCGAUCGGAGAGAAAGGAUCAGAGGGAACUCCAGGAAACGACGGAGCCAGAGGGGCCCCAGGAUCUGUGGGACCAGCGGGACCUGCAGGACCAAGUGGAGAAAAGGGAGAACCAGGACCAAAGGGACCUCAUGGACCUCCAGGAUCCAGGGGUGUCCCGGGGGCGAGAGGAGACCCAGGUCCCAUCGGAGCCGUGGGAUUUGCCGGACCUCCUGGCCCAGACGGUCAGCCCGGAGUGAAGGGGGAGCCUGGAGAACCCGGACAGAAGGGAGACGCAGGAUCUCCAGGACCUCAGGGACAAGCUGGAGCUCACGGGCCUCCGGGGCCUGUGGGAGUCGCUGGACUGAAGGGAGGACGUGGAACCCAGGGGCCCCCGGGCUCUAACGGUUACCCUGGCCCCGCGGGCAGAGUGGGCCCCCCCGGCCCCCCGGGCCCGUUGGGAGAAGCUGGACCCCUGGGACCUCCUGGUAAAGAGGGUCCCGCCGGUCUCCGCGGAGACCAUGGAUCUCAGGGCCGACAGGGAGAGAGGGGCCCCGCAGGACCUCCAGGGACCCCAGGGGACAAGGGAGACUCCGGAGAGGAUGGACCCACAGGCCCCGAUGGGCCCCCAGGCCCCGCUGGGACCACAGGACAAAGGGGGAUAGUGGGGCUCCCAGGACAAAGAGGAGAGAGAGGCAUGCCUGGUCUGCCUGGCCCCGCGGGGGCUCCAGGGAAAGCAGGAGCCUCCGGGCCCUCAGGAGAAAAGGGCCCCUCUGGUCCAGUAGGAUCUCAGGGCGCAAACGGCCCUCGAGGAGACCCAGGUCCCGACGGCCCCGCUGGCUCCGACGGGCCCCCAGGGAAGGACGGAAUGAUGGGACAGAGGGGCGACAGAGGAGACGGGGGCCCCGAGGGUCUGCUCGGGCCUCAGGGACUCCCAGGACCCGCAGGACCAGUGGGAUCUCCAGGACCAGCCGGAAAACGAGGAGACUCGGGCUCCCGGGGGCCAGCGGGACCUCCAGGCUCCGCGGGGAAGAGAGGCCUAGUGGGACCGCAAGGGCCCCGAGGAGAUAAGGGAGACCUGGGAGACCACGGCGAGAGGGGACAGAAAGGACACAGAGGAUUCACGGGUCUGCAGGGUCUGCCCGGACCUCCUGGCACCACUGGAGAGCAGGGGACGUCUGGCAUCGUUGGCCCCAGUGGUUCCAGGGGCCCUCAAGGACCCAUCGGGCCCUCGGGAAAAGAAGGCAACAUCGGGCUUCCAGGACCCAUGGGGCCCCCAGGAACCAGAGGCAUCACUGGAGAAGUGGGACCAGAGGGCCCCCCAGGAGAACCAGGACCAGCCGGACCUCCUGGUCCUCCCGGACCUCCCAUGGCUGCCAUGGACGACCUGUUUGCUGGUUCUCAUGACUACGAGUCGGGGCCACCCCCUCCCCCAGAGUUCAGUGAGGACGAGGCCCUCCCCAGCAGUAACCACAGCACCAUCCUGUCUGUGGACCCUGGGGUCCAGGCCACACUCAAGGCCCUCAGCACACAGCUGGACACCAUGAAGAGUCCUGACGGGACCAGGAAGCACCCGGCCAGGACCUGCGGGGACCUGAAGCAGUGCUACCCCGACAAGAAGAGCGGAGAGUACUGGGUGGAUCCAAACCAGGGCAGUGCGGAGGAUGCCAUUAAAGUCCACUGUAACCUGGAGACCGGAGAGACCUGCAUCUCUGCAGACCCCGAGACCAUCCCCAAGAAAGUCUGGUGGACCCGCAGCACCGGGAAGCCAGUGUGGUGGGGGGCCGACAUCAACCGGGGAGCACAGUUCUCGUAUGGAAACCAGCAGCAGUCGGUGAACGCGGUGACGGUGCAGAUGACCUUCAUCAGACUCCUGUCCAGAGAGGCCUCUCAGAGCCUCACGUACCAUUGUAAGAACUCUGUGGCCUACAGGGACGAACGCAGUGGUACCAUGAAGAAAGCCCUGGUCCUGAAGGCCUCCAACGACCUGGAGCUGAAGGCCGAGGGCAACAGCCGCUUCAGAUACACUGUGGUCCAGGACACGUGCACGGUGAGACCCUAG